AUGCGAAAGAAGGACGGACCCUCACCGCGAUGCAUGCUGGGAAUUGAGGUUUUCUCCCGCCUCCCGGCAGUGAAGCCCACCCGCUGCAGGACUCCAUAUCCCAUAGGGCAGCGCGGCGGCGCUCCGCUCCUCCCAUCUCCUCCCGCGGGAGGCGCUCUUCUCCCCGGGCGCGGUGUGGGAGCGGUGCGCAUGCGCCGCGCGAAGAUGGCAGCUGCCGGCGGACUCGGGUCCGCGAGGGGGCUGUGGGCGCCGCUGUUGGUACUGGCCCUGGCCCGGGUCGCGGUGGCUCUGACCGAGCAGUACCCGACCCUGUCCCUGCUCAAGCAGGAGCUGCACCAACAGCGCCAGGGCCUGGCGGGGGGCUGCGCCUCGGCGGGGGAGUGGGCAGAGCAGUACUCGGCCGAGUGCGAUUCAUCAUUUUUGCACUUCCAGGAAUCAGACUGUGACUUAAGAAGUUCUUCGUCUUGUGAGUCCUUGCUUUCUCUCAACACAGAAAAAAUUCUGAGUCAAGCAAAGUCGCUUGCAGAGCAAAAGAGAUUUCCGUUUGCUACUGAUAAUGACAACACAAAUGAAGAAUUAGCAAUUGCUUACGUGUUGAUUGGCAACGGCUUGUACGAUGAAGCCAUAAGACAAUUCUCAACAAUGCUGCAGGAGGAACCAGAGCUGGUUAGUGCAAUUUAUGGACGAGGGAUAGCGUACGGAAAAAAAGGACUCCAUGAUAUGAAAAAUGCUGAACUUGCUCUUUUUGAGCUUAGUCGGGUAAUUAGUCUAGAACCAGAUCAUCCUGAAGUAUUUGAACAGCGAGCAGAAAUACUUUCACCACUGGGACGAAUCAGUGAAGCAUUAUCUGAUCUCACCAAAGCUAUUCAGUUACAACCAUCAGCACGGCUCUACCGACACAGAGGUACACUGUACUUCAUAUCUGAGGAUUAUGCAACAGCCCAUGAAGAUUUUCAACACUCACUGGAACUGAACAAAAAUCAGCCUAUAGCUAUGCUUUAUAAAGGCUUAACAUUUUUUCACAGAGGACUUUUGAAGGAAGCCAUUGAAUCUUUCAAAGAAGCUCUGAAACAGAAAGCAGACUUCAUAGAUGCCUAUAAAAGUCUAGGACAAGCCUACAGGGAACUUGGAAACUUCGAUGCUGCUACAGAGAGCUUCCAGAAGGCUUUGCUGCUAAAUCAAAAUCAUGUCCAAACAUUACAGCUGAAAGGAAUGAUGCUUUAUCAUCAUGGUAGCUUAGAUGAAGCGCUGAAGAAUUUUAAGAGGUGUCUACAGCUAGAACCAUACAAUGAAGUAUGUCAGUAUAUGAAAGGACUCAGCCAUGUUGCAAUGGGACAGUUUUAUGAAGGCAUUAAAGCUCAGACUAAAGUUAUGUUAAAUGAUCCACUACCAGGCCAGAAGGCUAGCCCAGAGUAUCUGAAAGUGAAAUAUCUCCGAGAGUAUUCUAGAUACUUGCAUGCACACUUGGAUACCCCUCUUACAGAGUAUAAUAUUGAUAUAGAUCUCCCUGGAAACUUCAAGGACCACUGGGCCAAAAAUCUUCCUUUUCUCAUAGAAAAUUAUGAAGAACAACCAGGGUUACAGCCACAUAUAAAAGAUGUAUUGUUUCAGAAUUUUGAAAGCUAUAGGACUGAUGUGCAAGAACUCAUAUGUGUAGCUGAUCAUCUGGGUUCCAUGAUGCAGUAUGAGACACCAGGAUUUCUUCCAAAUAAAAGAAUACACAGAGCAAUGGGUUUGGCUACUUUAGAGGUAAUGCAAGCUGUGCAGAGAACUUGGGCAAACUCAAAAGUUCGGAUGAAUGGGAAAACAAGACUGAUGCAGUGGAGGGAUAUGUUUGAUAUUGCUGUGAAGUGGCGAAGGAUAGCAGACCCUGACCAACCUGUGCUUUGGUUGGACCAAAUGCCUGCACGAAGCCUUAGCAGAGGUUUCAAUAACCACAUUAAUUUAAUCAGGGGACAGGUGAUUAACAUGCGGUACUUGGAGUACUUUGAGAAAAUUCUUCAUUUUAUCAAAGAUAGGAUCCUUGUUUAUCAUGGUGCUAAUAAUCCAAAAGGACUAAUGGAGGUUCGAGAAGCUUUAGAAAAAGUACAUAAAGUAGAAGAUCUUCUUCCAAUAAUGAAGCAGUUUAACAGUAAGACAAGAGAUGGGUUCACUGUGAACACGAAAGUCCCCAGCCUCAAGGAUCAAGGGAAAGAAUAUGAUGGGUUCACAAUAACAAUAACAGGAGAUAAAGUUGGAAACAUAUUAUUUUCAGUUGAAACUCAGACAACAGAAGAAAGAACACAGCUGUAUCAUGCAGAAAUAGAUGCGCUAUAUAAGGAUCUAACAGCUAAAGGAAAAAUCUUAAUUCUUUCUGCAGAACUGGGGGAAGCAGAUGCUGUGUGCAACUUGAUCCUGUCAUUAGUUUAUUACUUCUACAAUUUAAUGCCACUUUCAAGAGGAUCAAGUGUGAUAGCUUAUUCAGUGAUCAUGGGAGCUCUAAUGGCAAGUGGAAAGGAGGUAUCAGGAAAAAUCCCUAAAGGAAAGCUUGUUGACUUUGAAGCAAUGACAGCACCAGGAUCUGAAGCUUUCAGCGAAAUAGCAAGGAGUUGGAUGAAUCUGAAAAGUAUUUCACCUUCUUACAAGAGCCUACCAUCAGUAUCAGAGACCUUUCCAACCCUGAGAACGAUGAUUGAAGUGCUAAAUACAGACUCCUCUCAGUGUCUAAAAAAAACUGUUGUUGUGGUGUAAUUUAUAUAAAUAAAAAGCCAAAAUAUA